AUGACGAGUGAAUAUGACCUCGAUCCUAUGAUCUAUUCUGCUCCGUUGAUGUCAUUUUCGCUCAUCAUAAUCGUUGAGCAUACUUGUGAAGAAUCACCUAGUUCUUAUCCGUAUGUACGGUUGCUCGUCUCACAUGUAUUAAAAAUCACUAAACAGUACAACAUAGUACCAUUAAAACUUUUAAAAGACUACAAAUAUGAUMUCAUAAACCAGGGACAAGCUAUCGGAAACCCUUGCAAGAACUGCCUUAGUACGUCAGGAAAAAACUUAUCUGGUGACCUGGAACCAUUAUACCAAUGUGCAGGAAAUUGUGGGGUUUCGUUCCAUCGUUCAUGUUCCGCAGUUUAUUACGGACCUAGGGCUGAAUUCCUAACUAUAGGUUCUCAAUGGUUCUGUAAAGACUGUGGGACAUGCGCAUCGGAACCGCCAUGUUCAGUAUUUGCAAGACAUAUAACAUGUUUAUUAAAAUGCAAUGAAUGUGAUAACAAAUAUCAUUUUGAAUGCCUUCAACCUUUAACAGACACCGAUAAAUCAGAAUCGCAAUGGAGAUGCCCAUCUUGCAUAGUUAACCACGGCGCCGUCGUUUCUAGUGAGGCAAAACCAUUUUAUAAGCGACAUGGYGAUGGAGAAAAAUCGGCUUUCAAAAUCAAAAGAUAUUUUGUUAAAAGACAGGAACCUGGUCCUGGGAACUGGAUUCAGAAAAAAUGUGUAAAACCAUCCAUUGUGGGUUUCAAAUAUGUACGUGAUGUCGCGGAAGACGUUCUGGAAAAUAUGAACCAUCCAGUAUCAAACUUAUCAUUAGCACACAAUAGUGUAAAAAUCUCUGAAGAGAAAAAAUUACCGUCAAAGAAUAGAGCUCAAGCUCCAAAAACAUGUCCAGCUGUCAUACAAUUUGGGCAAUUCAAGGUGAAGACUUGGUUUUCAACCAGAUUUCCACAGGAACAUGAUGCUGUAAAAUUGAUUUUUUGUGAAUAUUGUUUAAAAUAUACUCAGUGCAAAUCGGUUUUGGAAAGACAUAUGCGACGUUGUAAUUGGAGAACACCACCAGGAACUGAAAUCUACCGCAAUGAAUGUCUAAGCGUUUUUGAAGUUGAUGGAAGUARUAACAAAAUAUAUUGYGAAACAUUAUGUCGGAUUGGAAAACUAUUUUUGGAUAUUAAAACUCUGAAAUAUGGCGUUGAACCGUUCCUUUUUUAUAUUCURACGAAAAAUGACGAUUUCGGCAAUCAUUUAGUUGGUUAUUUUUCAAAAACRAAACACGGGGAGAACAAUUUUAACGUGGCUUGCAUCAUGGUCAUGCCACAAUAUCAAAGACAAGGGUACGGACGACUUCUAAUCGAAUUCAGUUAUCUCCUAUCUAAAAUUGGAAAACAGCCUGGAACACCAGAAAGACCCCUUUCCGACUUGGGUGAAAAGUUGUACAAUUCAUAUUGGAAAAGUGUUAUAUUGGAAUAUUUUAAUAARUACACAAAUAAUGAUAAUACAUGUAUCAAGAUAUGUAGCAAUCAUAUUAUCAGGAAAACAGGUUUGAUGAAACAAGACAUCAUCAAUACUUUAAAAUCUUUGAACUUUGUUGUGGAAGUAUUUAACAGAACUACAAUAUGUAUUGACUGGGAUAUUGUAGAUGCUCAUAUACAGAAAAAAAUGAAGUUAAAAAAGGUUCAUAUCAACCCAAAAAAAUUAAAUUGGACACCACCUUCAACUAAAUCAUAA